AUGCGCUGUAGGUCUGGAACCUUUUCAGACGAGAUCUCCAGCACGUCUGUGUGCAGGCCCCACACAGACUGUGCAUCCAAAGGGGAAUGCGUUGUCCACAGAGGACAUCACAGGAGGGACAACGUGUGCGGCACUUGUGCUGGUAAUACCACCAUUACAGACUCAACCUCUAAUGACACCACCGGCUUACAUACCUCCGACGGCGAAAAUUCCCUGGGGAUAGAAAAUGUGUUUUGGAUCGUUCUGGUAGUUGUCGUGACUUUAGUUUUAGCGAUCUGGUCGUUCGUCUUAUAUAACAUUAACUUUCGGGAAGGGAGGCUGAUAAGCAAAAAACAAUUUCAGCUUUAUAACAAUCGCAUAAUGGCAGAACUCACACGUCAAAAAGAAGCUGAAAGAAUCGCUUUCGACCUCUGUCAAAGGGUUGAAGAGGAAAAUAUCCAUCUAAAGAACCAGGUAGAAUCUGAAAAGGGAGAGGUCGCACGAUUGAAAGACCAGAUCACCCACUUUACAACCAAGAACAUGAGCACAUACAGCUUCAGCCGCAAACCAUGUGGAAUUGCCGUCAUCAUUAACAACAUCCACUUUGAGGACAUGGCCGACCGUGGAGGGGCUGAAGGAGAUACAGGUCGUCUUCGAGAAGCCUUCGAAAGCCUUAGUUUCACUGCAAUGACAUUCAGUGACCUUGACCACUCCAAGAUGGUGGCAACUAUAAAGGAUCAGGCAAAGGCCGACCACUCCAACUACGACUGUUUCGCUUGCUGCAUCAUGUCGCACGGCACCACGGGAAAGGUCUUCUCGUCCGAUGACGUAGGCCUAGAUAUCUGUGAUCUCAUGAAACUAUUCAAUGCUAACAAAUGCCCCUCUCUGAAAGGCAAACCAAAGCUGUUCUUCAUUCAGGCUAGUCAGGGAAAGAAAAUCCAAGGAAAAGAAAGUAUUGAAGGUGACCUUGAUGCCACACCUGGUGAAGAUGUCCCUUUAAACGUCAUCUGCCACGAUGCCGAUUUCUUCCUUGGACUUGCCACUGUUCCUGGCUAUGUGACUAAGCGUGGCAAGGACGGGGCUCCUUAUGUGCUCCAUUUGGCACAAAUGCUGAAAGUUUUAGGCCCAAUGCACAGUCUGUCCACCAUCAUGGCCAUGGUGUGCGACAAAAUGAACGACAUCAAUGACGACAAGUUUGGCUGGAUUUCGUCAAACCAUAGCACUUUACGAAAAGAAGUCAUCUUUAACGUAGAAUGA